AUGGGUCCUGGUGUAGUAACAUUGUUUGUUCACGUAAAACAGUUUCCACUCAGUACAUUUGCGUCUAACCUAAUUCUGAUUCCUCCUGGCAGGAUUGACUUAUUGAAUGGAAUGAGCAAACAAUCGACCUGGAAUAGAUUUUAUAAAAUGAGACAGGAAAAAGGUGAAAAGUCAUUUGACUGGUUUGUUAAAUAUGAUGACAUAAAGGAGAGCCUAGAACAGUAUAUGCCAAAUGACUGUGCUGUGCAACCAUUCCAAUUACUAGAUAUAGGAUGUGGCACAUCAGAUUUCAGUUCAAAACUGUUCAGUGACAUAAAGGCAUCAAAACUACUGUACUGUAUAGAUUUUUCCCAGAAUGCAAUUUCUCACCUAGUUAGCCUAAAUAUGGACUCUACAACAAGUCUUGAUCACCAGAUACAGUUCAUAAUUGCUGAUGCAACCAGUCUGCCGUUUACAAGUUCUACAUUUGACCUUGUUAUUGAUAAAGGAACGCUUGAUGCCGUGUUACGCAAUGACAAUGGUGCAGACAUGGCUGUAUCUGCUAUCUCUGAAGCUAUUCGUGUUCUCAAGACUAACGGACAUUUCUUGCAGAUAUCUGAUGAACAGCCUGAUACACGCUUUGAACUGUUACAACAAAUAGCAAUGAA